AUGGCCGAUCACGUGACUGCUCAUCGGUCUUUGGAGACGGCCGUACAUCAGUCAGCCGACGUCGUUUCUAAUUAUCGACAUUACGUGCAUUAUAUCGGAACCUCGGAGGACACUCCUAUGUUCCGCGAAAAACUGCACGAGGCGAGACAACAUGUCGGGGAUCUGCUAAAGGAUAUAUCAGCUGAAAUAGAACAUGAAAUCCACGGUCAUAGUAAAACUGCAGUUUUCUGUCACGUCGGACAUGAGUUUCUUGUUUCUACCUUGAUUCCAGUCGGUAUCCUUCGUAGUAGCUCAACAUUUUCGCCAUCGUCCUGCCAGGCUAAGAACAAUGUUGUAGAUGCCAAAAUCGUCGAAGAGUUUGGUGUAGUCGUAAGGGAAUAUCGAGAGACUGAAAGGCUUGAAGCUGAAGAGGAAGCGUUGCAUGUUCCUGUUGCUCCCCAGCAAGCAAAUCUUUUGACUUCGAGAGAUAAGAAUGAUGAGGCAGGCAGAAAUGCAGCCCAGGAUGCCGAUUUGCGUGAACCUCUCGAUGAACUGAAAAGAAUAGAGGCGCUGCUCCUGGAAAAUGAGAAUACCCUCAAAGAGAUCCUCAGAGAUGAAGAAGAAAACGAGGAGGAAGACAAGUCCAUGCCGCCAACAUUCCGAGAGCCCUGCAGGUGUCAACCGCUCAAGCUUGUGACAAAAAAUCGAAAUCAGCAUUUCUGGAUUGCUUUUGUCAAGUCCUCGGAUCGUGCUUUUUGUUGGACUGAUAGUGUCUCUACCUUACUUCCCCGUUUUUCCUAGAUUGCUGUUAAUAGUGCAAGAUCAGUCACUGCUUAUGUGUGUUGUGGUUGAAUGGCAAGCCUCCUUCCUUACUUCUUGUUUUGUUCAUGCACCGAAGAAUAAGCGAAACUGUGCUCCUUUACUUUCUUCUUUCCAUUAACAGAUGGGAAAAGCCACAAGGCUGAGCUCAGCCUGAUGGAGGACUUCAGUCACUUCUCUCUUUACCUAAAAUGGAAAAAUUAAGGACAGAAGAGCCCGCUAAUCAUAUCUGAUCACAACCACUGAAAGUCGACAGACUAGGACAGUUCUCAAUUCUCUUGGAGUAGAAAACUGUAUCUGCCUACAAAGACGGUCAAGCUCAUAACCGUCCAUGUUUCAAUGUUACAAAGGAGAACAUGUCUGGUGACCGAUUUUCCUUUUCUGAGUACCUGAAAAUUG